AUGCGCGAUUGGUUCACUGCCGCUGCUGAGCGCCAGGCACUUGUCAGCCAUCAAGACGAGGACGACGACUUGUGGGGCAGGAUGAAGCUUGCUAGCCUCUACUGCAGUCAGGGCAAGUACGAGCUGGCGGAGCCUCUCUACGUCGAGUGUCUGGAGAGGCAGCGGAGAAAUCUUGGAGCUGAUCACCUCGGCACGGUGUCCGGUAUGAGCAACCUGGCGGGGCUCUACAAGAGCCAGGGGAGGUAUCAGCAGGCAGAGCUCCUGUACACCCAGUGUCUUGCCAAGUUGCAAAGUUGCCUCGGGGCGGAUCACCCGGAGGCCCUGACGAGCAUGAGCAACCUUGCGGGGGUGUACAAGAGCCAGGGCAAGUACGAGGAGGCCGAGGGCCUGUACCUGGACUGCAUCGGCAAGCGGCGGGCGAGCUUGGGAGAGGACCAUCCUGACACCCUCACCAGCAUGAGCAACUUGGCAGGGCUCUACAAGAUGCAGCGCAAGUACGAGCAGGCAGAGCCACUCUUCCUCCUCUGCGUGGAGAGACUUCGAAGUCAGCUGGGAGAGGAUCACCCCGACACCCUGACGAGCCUCAACAACCUUGCGGGCCUCUACUACAGUCAGGGCAAGUACGAGUUGGCGGAGCCCUUGUACGUCCUCUGCCUUGAGAGAAGGCGGGAGAAGCUGGGGAUCGAUCACCCAGGUACUCCCACGAGCAUGAGCAACCUUGCGGGGGUGUACAAGAGCCAGGGCAAGUACGAGGAGGCCGAGGGCCUGUACGUCGAGUGCUUCCAACUCUUCCUCAGCAAGCUCGGAGCUGACCAUCCUGACACCCUCACCAGCAUGAGCAACCUUGCAGGCCUGUACAAGAUGCAGCGCAAGUACGAGGAUGCGGAGCCUCUCUACCGCCAGUGUCUGCAGCUGCGGCGAGUCAAGCUGGGAGAGGAUCACCCCGACACCCUGACGAGCAUGAGCAACUUGGGGUCCCUCUGCUUCAACGAGGGGAAGUACGAGGAGGCGGAGGAGCUGUUCAGAGAGUGCGCGGAGAAGAGGCGGGUGAAGCUGGGGGAGAGCCACCCGGACACGCUGACCAGCGUAAAGAAUCUUUCUGUCUGCCUUGAGGCACAAGGUAAAGUCGAGCUGCUAGCACGACCGAGCCUCUCACUAUGA